ACUCGUCUCACGUCGAAACGCGUUCUCUGGACCUGGGCGGCUGAGCACAAAGCCACCUUCGGCAAGCUGAAAGUAUCUAGACAUCGCUCCACGUUGUUUCCAUAUCCUGACUACGACAGCCGUUCGAGAUCUUUACGAUGGAUCGAACUAUUCGCUUGGUGGAAACAGUGUCGCAGGUGGGCAAACCGCUAA